AUGUUACAAUUAAAAUAUACGAUGAAUUUAAUAGUUUUGAUAAUAUUGUUGAUACGGACAGUUAAAGUGGUUAGUAAAAACGUGAGUGAGAAUGAAAGAGCUUUGAGAGCUGAAUUCGUUCAGAAAUUAUUGAAUAAACAAAAUAAGUUUGAAGGAAAAAUAAAAUUAGUUGGAGGAUCCAGUAAAUAUGAAGGCAACGUCUACAUUUAUCACGCUGGUCGUUGGGGAGCAGUAUGUGAUGACAACUGGGAUGAUGAAGCUGCUGCAGUCGUCUGCAGGUCCUUCAACUUGAGUGGGAUUGCGACGGUCGGUAGUCAGUAUGGAGAAGCUACUGAAAAAUUCUGGCUAGAUGACGUCAUAUGUCAAGGAGAUGAAGCAUCAAUUUCCAAGUGUGUUUUUAAUCGAUGGGGAUCUACAGAUUGUGGUAAAGACGAGGUAGCUGGAGUCAUAUGUAUGGAUGAAAGGCAAUUACCAGCAAAAAGUAAGGAUCAGGAUUCUGUACAGCUAGUGUAUAAAGAAGAGAAACUUAGAGAUGUUAUAGAUAUUUCGAUGUCUAAACUAAGGCUGACUGGCGGCAAGAAUAUCAGAGAAGGAAGAGUUGAGAUCUUCCUCAAGGGCACCUGGGGCAGCAUCUGCCCUGACGGCUGGACGGUCUACGAAGCUUCCGCAGUCUGCCGCCAUCUUGGCCUCGGUUUUGCAGAACAAGCCUUACAGACUUAUGUCUUCGGGUUUUCUAAUAUCAUACUCAGUGGCGUUUCUUGUGAAGGCAAUGAGUCAACCCUGUUUGACUGUAAACAUAAGCAGCGAGGCAAUGUCAAAUGUCCUGGUGAUAUUGGUCACACAGCAGCGGUAGUAUGCACCCACUUCCUCGCCGACCUGGUGCUGGAUAUGACAGUGAUUGAAAGAUCAGCUCACCUGCAAGACGUGAUGAUGUACCAGCUACAAUGCGCCAUGGAGGAGAACUGUUUGAGCAGGACUGCUUAUGAGGUUCAGAAACUGAUACCAGAUUGGCAGUAUGAGACUCGGCGUCUACUCCGAUUCACGGCGUCAUCACUCAACGCUGGCAAUGCAGAAUUCAGGCCUUACUUACCAAAACAUUUGUGGCAGUGGCAUCUAUGUCAUAUGCAUUAUCAUAGUAUGGAAGUCUUCGCAACAUUCGAUGUCCUGGACUACAAUGGCCUCAGAGUGGCUGAGGGUCACAAGGCCUCUUUCUGUUUGGAAGACAACACUUGCAUGAAUGGAGUGCAGAAACAAUACUCUUGCAAGAACUAUGGUGAUCAAGGAAUCUCAGUAAACUGUUCAGAUGUGUACAUGUACAACAUAGACUGCCAGUGGGUGGAUGUCACAGACGUAGGGCCUGGGGAUUACCACUUUAAGGUGGCUGUAAAUCCUCACGCUAGAGUAGCAGAACAGAACUACCACAACAACGCAGCCUUAUGUAAUUUGAGGCUCACCUCUACAUAUGCUUUGGUCUACGGAUGCAGGCACGAAAGACCGUGA